UGAUGGCAGUUCAAGAUGAUUCAAGCAGAUCACACAACCAAUUCACUCUCAUAUCCAAGAACAACUCGGAAACUUACCCUUUAACUUACUCCUAAACUCUCUAACCAUCAUGGCUGAAACUCAAGUCUGGCUCAUCACAGGGGCAUCCCGUGGCCUCGGUCUCGAACUCACCAAAACCGCUUUGAAGGCCGGGCAUAAAGUCGUCGCAUGCUACCGCAGCAAGGCCAAGCUCGGUGCUACUUACGCAGAAAUCGAGGCCCUCGGCGGAAUAUGGCUUCAGCUCGAUGUAGUCGCCGAGGACGUUGAAGCCAAAGUCCAGUCCGUUGUUGCUCAACACGGCCGGAUCGAUGUCCUUAUCAACAACGCCGGAUACGGCAUGCUUGGAAGCCUCGAGGAAACAAGCAUUGCCCAAGUCGAAGCCAUCUUCAAAACCAACUUCUUCGGCGCCCUGCGAACAAUCCAAGCCGCGCUACCGUCCAUGCGAUCGCGCCGCUCUGGAACUAUUGUCAACAUCAGCAGUUCGCUAGCCAUAAGCCCAGCUCCCGGCUUCAGCAUCUAUUCCGCGACGAAAUUUGCUACAGAAGCCAUCACCGAAUCCCUCCAAGUCGAGCUAGCAUCAUUCGGCAUCCGCACCCUGCUCAUCGAGCCCGGGAUGACAGCGACCGAAUUCGCCGACGCCUCCGGCACCGGCGUGGAAGUCCCCAUCGGCGAAGCCUACCAAGGCGGCGCGGUAUCGCAGACCAUCCAACUCAUCCAAUCACCCGAGUUCCUCGCGCAAGCCGCUGUUCCGGCUAAGGUCGCGCAGAGGAUCGUCGAAGCGAUUGACCGCACGGGGUUCUUCGCCGACAAGGAAGUAGCGCUUCGACUCCCGCUGGGAGGAGAUACCGGGGCGCAGUUGCAGCAGCGGGCUGCUAUGUGGGGGGAUCUGGCGAAGGGUAUGAAGGAUUCUUGGAUGAGUAUUUAUCUAUGAUAUACUGAAGUAACGGCGUUAAGACGGUAGGGG